AUGGCUGAAAGGUUUUCCCUUCCCUUCCCCAGGCUUGUCUUCAGACCCUUUAUCACCCUGGGGUUUGGGUUUGGGACGGAACUAGAGUCUCUCGUGACGCCCAAGAAGGCCAUCUACGAUGAAUUAGAGAAACAUGGGUUCAACCAUGGUCUUCAGCCGGGCGGUAGCGGUGUUGAGUACGACAGAAUGAUCGAGGCUAACGGGAAGGCCCUCAUAAAGACCUUGGCCGCUCUUCUUUUAGCGGCUGGGAUACGCACAAGCUUGGAUGAUGUCACGUUUGAGGCUUGGAACAUCAAGCUGGAGCCCGUGCUCAGGCUUUAUCACCCCAGAAGGUGUCAGAUAUUCAACUGGGAAUGGCACAACACCAUCGAGAGAAUCUACGACGUCCUCAACCUUUACUUCGAGAUGUGGUGGACCAGCGGCUGCUCCCAGCACGUCCACCCGCAACCGGGUCCGGACCCAGGUCUCCCACAGGCGCCUUCCCGAGGGUGGACAGUUUACCAGGCUCGAUCUCUGCUACGGGCCAUUGCCGUGUUUGACGACGCAAUCACAAAGAUCAUGCCGGAAGACCGCAAAGAGAAUACCUGGGCUAGAUCCAGCUUUCACGACAUUAAGCUUGAGCAAGCGAUCAGGGCCGACAAGGCAAGGGCCAACAAACCUGGCGCGCUAGCCUCACACGCCACCCCACAAUCCACGUUACCCGUGGAAGCCCGGAACCUCGUGCGUCUCUUCGGCGAAGUCACAACAAAGUCAUGGGAUCACCUGUUCAACUGGUCCGACGGCCUCAAGCUCACGCAAAGCAUCUGUAUUGGAACGGGCUCAGACAGGUUUUUGUCAUGGAACUUCAUGCCGCUUAUGGAUCCCCGCGGUACCAUCGAGUUUCGUCGCCCCCCUGGUGCCAUGACCGCCGAGAGUGCGCAGAAAUGGGUGAUCUUCGCGGUGGCUUUCGCCAGCGCCUCCUUUGAGGACAAGUGGAAGGACACAUGGCGCCAUAAAAAGGACCAUGCAACGGUCAGCGAGCUUCAGGAAUUCAUCAAAACGGGCCUCAUGCGUCUUGGCGGCGAGUGGGAGGGCGUUCUGGACCCCAUGGAGAUCUUUGUUGAAGUCACGUCCGAGGCGGCACCAUUAGAAUCCAGCUGA